AGGCUGCGCCGGAGGCCCAGAAGGGGUAGCAGGCCAUGGCGGCGGCGGCGGCGGCGGUGGCGGGUUGGCUGGGCUGGGCGCUCGCCGCGCUCUGUCUGGGCAGCAGCGCGGGGGAGGCGGCGCCGGGAGCGGGACUGCUGGGCUUCUGCACGGAGGAGGACAGCGCGCCGGGCGCAGGCUCAGUGCGCGGGAGGGCAGGGCCGGAGGCCACCUUCUGCUUGCGGCUCUUCUGCCCGGGCUUGGCCAACAGCUCCUGGACCUGGGUGGCCCCGGAGGGCGCAGGCUGCGCCGAGGGCGGCGGGGCCGCGGAGCCCGAGGAGGCGGCCGGCCGCACGGGCGAGUGGCGCGCGCUGCUGCGCCUGCGCGCCGAGGCCGGCCGCCCGCGCUCCGCGCUGCUGGCGGUGCGCGUGGAGCCGGGUGGCGGGGCGGCCGAGGAGGGGGCGCCGCCCUGGGCGCUGGGGCUGACGGCGGCCGGGCUGCUGGCGCUGGCGGCCGUGGCGCGCGGCCUGCAGCUGAGCGCGCUGGCGCUGGCGCCGGCCGAGGUGCAGGUGCUGCGCGAGAGCGGCUCGGAGGCGGAGCGCGCGGCUGCGCGGCGCCUCGAACCCGCGCGCCGCUGGGCCGGCUGCGCCCUGGGCGCGCUGCUGCUGCUGGCCAGCCUGGCGCAGGCGGCGCUGGCGGUGCUGCUGUACCGAGCGGCCGGCCAGCGCGCCGUGCCCGCCGCGCUGGGCUGCGCGGGGCUGGUGUUCCUGGUGGGCGAGGUGCUGCCCGUGGCCGUGAGCGGCCGCUGGGCGCUGGCGCUGGCGCCGCACGCCGUGGGCCUCAGCCGCCUGGCGGUGCUGCUCACCUUGCCCGUGGCGCUGCCGGUGGGGCAGCUGCUGGAGCUGGCGGCGCGGCCGGGGCGCCUGCGGGAGCGCGUGCUGGAGCUGGCGCGCGGCGGCGGCGACCCCUACAGCGACCUGAGCAAGGGCGUCCUGCGCUACCGGACCGUGGAGGACGUGCUCACGCCCCUCGAAGACUGCUUUAUGCUGGACUCGGGCGCCGUCCUGGACUUCAGCGUCCUCGCCAGUAUCAUGCAGAGCGGCCACACGCGCAUCCCGGUGUACGAGGAGGAGCGCUCCAACAUCGUGGACAUCCUGUACCUCAAAGACUUGGCCUUCGUGGACCCUGAGGACUGCACGCCGCUCAGCACCAUCACUCGCUUCUACAACCAUCCUCUCCACUUCGUCUUCAACGACACCAAACUGGACGCCGUCCUGGAGGAGUUCAAGCGAGGGAAGUCCCACCUGGCCAUUGUGCAGAAGGUGAACAAUGAAGGUGAGGGGGACCCCUUCUACGAGGUGCUGGGCUUGGUCACCCUGGAGGACGUCAUUGAGGAGAUCAUCAGGUCUGAGAUCCUGGACGAGUCCGAGGACUACCACGCCAAGGUGAGGAAGAAGACCGCUGCCCUGAGCGCCCCCCUCAGGCGGAAGGAGGAAUUCUCCUUAUUCAGGGUGUCUGAUGAUGAACAUAAAGUAAAAAUCUCGCCUCAGCUGCUCCUGGCCACCCAGCGCUUCCUUUCCCGAGAGGUGGAUGUGUUCAGCCCAUUGCGAAUCUCUGAGAAAGUUUUGCUGCACCUGCUGAAGCACCCCAGCGUCAACCAGGAGGUGAAGUUUGAUGAAGACGACCGCCUGGCCGCACACCAUUACCUGUACCAGCGCAGCCGGCCGGUGGACUACUUCAUCCUCAUCCUGCAGGGCAGGGUGGAGGUGGAAAUCGGGAAAGAGGGCCUGAAGUUUGAGAAUGGGGCCUUCACGUACUAUGGAGUGUCUGCCCUGGCCGCCCCAUCUUCAGCUCACCAGUCCCCAGUGUCUUCACGCCAGCUCAUCCGCCAUGACCCGCAGCCCGAACCAGCUGAGAGUAGCCGCCUCUCCACGUACUGUCCUGACUACACCGUGAGGGCCCUUUCCGACCUGCAGCUCAUUAAGGUCACACGGCUGCAGUACCUUAAUGCAGUCCUGGCUUCCCGAGCCCAGAGCUUGCCUCCGUCCCCAGAGAACGCUGAGCUUCAGGCUAUCCCAGGCAGCCAGACCAGGCUUCUUGGCGACAAGCCCACUGAGACAGCAGCCUCCCCAGUAGAUCUUCCCCUCUUUGGCACAUUUGGAAACUGCAGUUGAUAAAUGACUGUGGACUAGUGAGCAUUUUUUGUUUUAAGAAAACACCAAGGGUCCAGCAACAGCAGACCUGGCAUCCCAGUGGAGGAGAGCCCUGGGCAGAACCCAGGAGUGUAACUACUUGCCCCGAGCUGGAAAUGGUCAAGCGUGUGGGGAGCGGGGAGCCAAGCAGGAGCUUAGCUCCCAUGCCAGCCCAUCCCCCACCUCUUCUGGCCACGUUUUAGAUGGCCAUUAUAAGAUGUGGGUCCCUGGCCUCCUGAGUGCUGGAGCCUUCAGCUGGCCCUGCCUUCCCUUGGGAGAUAGGAUUGGCAGGGCAAUCCUCCAGUAGAAGCCUGUUUCUGGGGGGGAUGAACAGCGUCAUCGCUAGUCUCAGGUCCCAGCUUCCCCCGAUGCUGUAACAGCACAGUGUCUGUACCUCCUGAACCAGGUGCCAUGUGGGUGGGUGCAGUCACUGCCUUCACCUGGCCUUGGCCUGUCUCACUUUGCUUUUGAUUGGCCAACCCUCUGUUGCUGGCAUCGCCUUAUGAGCAAACCAAGACUGCCGGCUUUAGAUGGAGGUUCAAGUCCAUGGCCCGCCGUGCUCUCUUGGCUUCCCUUCCAAUGCCGUAUUUUCAUUCAUGCACUCCAGUGUUGUGUUCCGUUUUUUUCCCAUGUGCCAAUCUAAAAGCGCGGUUCCCCACUAACUCUGCCCUGUUCUGCUCCCCCCGUGGAGGUAGUUUCUGUGACUCCUGAAGUCAUGAGCAGGCUGGCCCAGUGACACGGAAAGCCUGCCCAGAUGGCCUGGCGCCAGCUUGCAUCUCUCCCACCUGUGCAUAGUGCCACUAAUGGUAUUGUCAGUGUCUGUUUGAGGUCGCGGUUGGAAGGCCAAAAGCCAGUGUUGAGUGCCUGCCUUGUACGUUGUCUGGGCCCCCGGGGAGACGUGCUGCUAUGCCGUGUAGAGAGCUGCACAGGGAGGAUUGUUUGUAAACCCGGUACCUUCUUGUCACCUGCUGAGACGUUAAGGUUUUCUUGGAUCUGAAGUAUUUCGGUUUCUGUGCCCUUUCUGUCUCCAGUGACGAUGUUCUAGAGGUGCAGGGUUGGGGAAACGCUGGUUUUCUCUUCUAGUUUACUACAUUUUUCCUUCCACAGUUUCUGCUCUGGGACCAUAGAUUGGGGUGGAAAGGGAGGAUUUCUGGAACUUUCCUAAAAGAAUGUGGGUCCUGGUAAGUGAGACUUACAGGUCAAGAGAACAAUGUCAUGCUUGCUGAGAAAUAUUCUCAAGGAAUAUGCUGUAAGAACAAACUCAGGUUGGAAGCAAAUCAUUUCUCUCCAGAACAGAAUUCUGAAUUUUGGCUGCACCUCAGAAUCACCUGGCAAAUUAGAACCUUAAAUACUUAGGCUCUUCUGGAGCUUCUGAUUUAGUGACUUUGAACACCAGGUUUAUGGUCUUGACAUACUUUGAUUCAUAGAAGAGUUUCAUGUACCCUUUACUCAGCAUCCCCUAAUGUUAACAUGUUAAAUAACCUUGUUACAUUUAUCAGAAUUAAAAUGUUAACAUUGGUGCCAUACUGUCUAACUGGAGGCUUGAUUUGGAUUUUUUUUUUUUUCCUGGUAAUGUCAAGGUAGGAUGCCAAAAUGCACUUAGAGCUAUUUUCCUUUUUACCUGUCUUUGAUUUUAUAGUAGUUGCAGGUUCAUAGAAGUUACAAAGAUGCAGAGUUUGUGAAUCCUUUACCUGGUUGUCCUCAGUGGUCCUAUCUCACAAACCUUAGUCUCAGAGCCUGGAGUGGUGCAGGUGGUACCUGACCCCUGUGUAGACCCGAGUGACUGCUCCCCAAGUCUAACCCAGUGCCCUGUCACUACCAGGGUCCCCCGGACUGCCACUCAGAACCACCUGCCUCAUGCCUAAGCCCCGCAACCGCUAGACCGUCCCUUACCUAAGAAUGUGGGAGGGGUCGUGCGGGGUGUGGCCAUCUCCACCCAGCAUGGUUCUCUGGGGAUUGAUCCAGGUUUGUUCCCUUUUCUUGCCAAGUGGUAUUCCAUGGUGUAUCCAUUGUCCUGUCAAAGGGCAUCUGGGUUGUUUCCAGUUUUUGGCCGUUUCCAAAUAAAGCUGCCAUGAACGUUCA